UCAUUUCGUCAAACCAGCAAAACGAAGACGAAAGCACGCACAAACCACAACAAACAACCACCCACGUGUUUUUCUUGACCGCAAGCAAAGGCAGACAGCAACGAAGAUGGACUGGCCGGUGAAGACAAAGGCGGAGAAGGAGGCGGAACGGAGGAAGAAGAAGGAGAAGAAGGACGUGGAGGUGGUGACGUUUGAUGAUCCACACAAGCGCAUCCAAGAAAGCAAAGCUGCCAAGAGGGCCCACAAGGCGAAGAAAACGGAUGAGGGUCCUGCAGAGGAGGUGGACGCGUCAUCGUCUGCGUUACGCCGCUUGAUGGUGCGGACCAAGCUGGACAUUGAGAAGUUUAACCUCGCAAACUCAUGGGGGAAGCGGCGACGAAAGCUGCAGCAAGCGCUGGUGGAGGAUCUUGGCGGCAAGAAGAAGAAGCCAAACCCCAUGCCUCUGCCCAAGCUGCAAGGCAUGAAGAAGAAGGCCCUCGAACGCCACCACCGCGAAAACCAGAAGAGAGCGUCAGCCGGCCUGUCUGCAAAGAGUGUUCCAUACAACCUGCGAAACCAGAAGCAACGCGCCAAGGCGAAGAACAAGAAGCUCGCACACGUUCUGCAAAAGAAUGGUUGGUGGAAGGACAGCACCAAAGGCUUCUAGCCAGCCAGCUCGCUGGCAACUCGUCUUGCUUCGAGUCUCCUUCUUCUCUUUUGUUUGAUACCAAGGACUUCACAACAACAACCCUCUAUGCUUGUUCCAUCGCUAUUUGCAUUCAACACUUGUUUCAAACCCCUUACCACAGCCACAUGCUUGCUUUGCGUGGCUGUACCACGCACGCUUCUAUGCGUUGACUCAAACAACUACGAGUGAUCAAGCUUGGCUACUUUUCUUGCUUUGUUUGUGCGGUGUGUCUGUCUGUGUACACAUCCCAUCUGUCCACGUCUCCGCUCGCCAACUGACUUGCGGCUCGUCGCCUCAGUUACAUUAACUCGACUCUGCUUUAUUCUUCUGCUUCGCACAGCCACAAUCAUACGCGUGCACGCGCAAACACGCACACGCGCAAACACGCACACACACACACACACAACACACAUGAUAAACGACUUGGGGGUACGACCCACCAACGACGCACAAAC